GGAGUGUAUUAAAUAUGUUACAAGAUUUCUACAAGGACAAAAUUCUUCUCCUCACUGGAACGACAGGGUUCAUUGGCAAGGUCUUGCUCGAAGCCCUGCUCAGGAAGAUGCCUAAUUUCAGGAAGCUUUACAUCCUCGUUCGCCCAAAAGAAAAAUCAGGGUUCUCAUUGAUGGAAAGAGUCAAUAAUGAGAUUAUUGGAUCAAAGUGUUUCAAUCGUUGGAAAGAAGAAAACCCAGACUGGCAGAGCAUCAUGGAUAGGAUAGUCCCAGUCGCUGGAGAUUUAGUCAAAGAAGGCCUUGCUCUUAGUCCCCAAGAUAGAGAGAUGAUUACUUCGGAUUGCCAGGUAAUUAUCAACAUCGCAGCUUCUGUGGAUUUCAACUCCAGGCUAGACCAAGCUAUUGAAAUCAACAUCGAUGGGGCUCUCAGAAUGCAGCAGCUGGCCAAGGACUGCCAACAUAUCGAGUGUUACACCCACAUGUCUACUAGUUACGUCAAUUCAGAUAAGAGAGGGUUUAUUGAAGAGAAAAUUUACGAUGUAAAUUUUGAUGUUGAGCAACACAUAAAUUAUUUGAAGACACUUUCCGUAGAAGAGAUUGAGAAAGAAACUCCAGCUAUUCUCGGUGAUUUCCCGAACACUUAUACCUUCACUAAGUCUAUGGGAGAGAGACUGCUACAGAAACAUAGAGGAACGCUUCCAACUUUUAUUAUUAGGCCUUCCAUCGUGGGAUGUAGCUAUAAGGAGCCAUACCCAGGAUGGGUUGAUAAUAUCUCAGCAGCUGGAGCAAUGGUAUUCUUCUGAGGUAUCGGCAUUAUUAGAGACGGAAUUGGAAACUAUGGUAAGAUUGGAGACGUAAUCCCAGUUGAUUAUGUGGUCAACGCUACAAUCAUUGGAACAGCCUACCAUGCAAAUAAGGAUUCUUGAAUAGUCCAUAAUUGAGGAACCUCAGGUUCAAAGAACUCAAUCCUUUGGGGAGAAUUCGUGACGUCUAUUGAGAAGUACUUCACAAGUAUUCCCUAUGAACAACAAUUCCAACCUCCCCGUGCUAGGUUUUACCCAUCAUCAAAGAGAUAUGAAUUCUGGUAUUUCGUUAGAAGCAAAAUUCCUGAGAAAUUCUAUGAAUCUCUCUCAAAAAUCACUUUCAGUAAAUCUAUGAAAAAGAAUGUCAGCAGAUUAAAGAAGGUAAACCAGAAAGGAAAAAUGGUCAACUACUUGCUAGCCCACUUCACUUGCAAUGAAUGGAUUUUCGAUCAGCCAUUACUAGAAGAAUUCCAGAAUUCAAUCACUCCCAUUGAAAGAGAGAUGUUCUUCACAGACGCAACUGAUAUUGUCUGGAAGCAUUACGUAUACCUGUUUUGCUAUGGAAUGCAAACCUAUGUGAUCAAGCAGAAAGGAGUGCCUAUCCCAGAUCAGAACUUUGAUGAUUUAAUUGCUAAGAAAAGAGUCAAAACCUACUUUGAUGACAUCUUAUGGGCCACUACUAGAGGGAAGGUCAAUAUCGUUAGAAAAUACAAAGAAGUAGUCAAGACAAUAGUAAAUUCUCCCUCUGUGAAUAAAGCUAUUUAUGAAUAUAUAACUACUUCGAAGUUCAAGGAUUACUCAGAGGAGGAAGCUUACCAGAAAGCAACUGCUCAAGCUACAGAAUUCGCGCAAGAAAUUUGCUCUAAGAUAGGCAAAGGGUAUGUCAAAUCAGCAGCAUGGGCAACCCAUAAGAUCUUGAAGAGAGUUUAUGACAAGAUUAUUGUUGAUGUGAAGGAUCUUAAGAAAAUAAAAGAACUUCAGGAGGUAUCAAAGAACCCGAUAUUACUGAUGCCAACAAGAAAGUCAUACAUGGAUAUGCUCCUCAUCGGAUACAUCUUCUUUGCUAAUGAAAUGGAACAACCUUUCUUCAGCACACCAGUUCAGUAUAUGGAGGUUAAACUCCUACAUAGGAUUUUAAGGCACUGUGGAAGUUUUUAUGUCAGAGAAGUAGAGACAAAUCCAGUCUAUAGGGCUAUCCUUAAGGAGUACCUUUCUCUUUUAAUGUCAGACAAGCGAACUAUUUCGAUUUCAAUGGAAGAGACAAGAGAAAAAUCUGGGCUCCAGGUAAAGGCUAACACUAAUGUAUUGGAAUGAGCCCUUGAUUCAUUCUUUGAAGGAAAAACAAAAGAUAUAGACAUUAUUCCUAUGACUAUCAACUAUGAUAGAAUUCUUGAAGGAGAGACAUUCCCAUAUGAGCUAGUAGGAGAAGAGAAAGUUAAAGAAUCUCUUUCAAGAUUCGUAGCCUCUGCUAGAUACAUCGGUACUCCCUUUGGAAAGACAUGUGUUAACUUUGGAUCAAAGAUUUCUUUGAAGGAAUAUGUUCAAAAUAUGGGCAUCGAGGCACAUCAAGCCACUUACCUUCCAGAUGAUGCUAGAAAUGAUAUUGUAAAGAGUUUGACAAGGACAAUUCAUGAAUGCAACUCUAAAUUGUCAGUCAUCAUGUCCACGGCUCCUUUAGCAUCAGUCCUUCUCCAACAUCGAAAGGGUAUCUCACAGGAGAACUUAGUGAAUGAAUUGGAGUAUGUAUACAAUGAGCUUAAUGCCAGAAAUGCUGUAUUCGCUGAAAAGUCUACUCUAACAGGUGACCUUUCAUCCUCAAUGACCUUACUUGGAGAAUUUGUAAAGAAAAAGAGAGAUGUCUUUGAGCCAAUGGUAUCUCCCAAGAUUGAUUACAAGAACAUACUCAUGCUUGCAUACUACAAAAACUCCUUGGUACAUAUCUUCUUGAAAGAGAUGAUCAUCGGAGUUUCCUUCCUAGGAUUUGGAAAGGAUACUAUCAAGAACACUGGAGUCUCCAAGGAGAGAGUCUGGGAAAAAGUCCAAUUCCUCUCAACCAUGCUUGAUAACAUCUUUGUUCAAGAGUCCAUCAAAAUUAAGAAUUAUGAAGACUUUGAAGCGACAGUCAAUUUUAUGGAGAAAAGAGGAAUCUUCUUCACUGAAGGAGAUCUUAUCAAAUAUGAGACGCCCAAAAAUGAGAAUAAUGGACUCUUGUUCCUCUGUAGUUUAAUUUGGCCAUUCAUUGACUCUUUCUGGUUAACAAUGGUUUAUAUCUACACUUUGUUUCCUGAGAAAUACAUUGAUAAGACCAAAAUCUUAAAUAAGAUCCAGUGGUUCGCUGAGAGCUUGUAUGAGGAUAAUAUUGUACUGCAUUAUGAGAGUUGAUCCUUUGAUUUCAUCACUAAAGCUUUGGACUACUUCAUGCAGAGAGGAAUCAUUAUUACUGAGGAAAGAGAAGGCCACUGUGUCUGCUAUUGCUUAGACCCUAUCUAUAGACAAGACGAAGAGCCUCUCCAGAAUAUAUUUGAGGAGAUUUCCUUCUUUAAGAAACUUUCAUUGAUCAAAUUUACAAAUUUGAAGACUGAUAUCCAAAAGACUUUACUUGGAGAUUUCCCGAUGAUGUCAAAUAUUUAA